GAGGCGGAAGCGGAAGCGCGGCGGGCGCCAUGGCCGCCGGGGGCCUGAGCCGCUGCGAGCGCAAGGCGGCCGAGCGCGUCCGGAGGCUGCGGGAGGAGCAGCAGCGGGAGCGUCUCCGCCAGGUGUCGCGCAUCCUGAGGAAGGCGGCGGCCGAGCGCAGCGCCGAGGAGGGCCGGCUGCUGGCCGAGAGCGCGGACCUGGUGGCCGAGCUGCAGGGCCGGAGCCGGCGGCGCGAGGGCCUGAAGCGGCGGCUGGAGGAGGUGUGCGACGCCCCCGACGAGCUGCGGAGGAAGGUGCGCGAGCUGGCGGGCGCCGUGCGCGGCGCCAAGUUCCUGGUGGUCUACACCGGCGCGGGCAUCAGCACGGCAGCUUCUAUCCCAGACUACCGGGGCCCUAAUGGAGUGUGGACGCUGCUGCAGAAAGGGAGAAGUGUGAGUGCCACCGACCUGAGCCAGGCCGAGCCCACCCUCACCCACAUGAGCAUCGCGCGCUUACAUGAGCGGAAGCUGGUGCAGCACGUGGUGUCUCAGAAUUGCGACGGGCUCCAUCUGCGCAGCGGGCUGCCCCGCACCGCCAUCUCCGAGCUCCACGGGAACAUGUACAUCGAGGUCUGCACUGCCUGCACCCCCAACAGGGAGUACGUGCGGGAGUUCGAUGUGACUGAGCGGACAGCCCUCCACCGGCACCAGACGGGCCGGGCCUGCCAUGCAUGUGGGGCCCCGCUGCGGGACACCAUCGUGCACUUCGGGGAGAGGGGGACUCUGGGACAGCCCCUGAACUGGGGGGCAGCCACCCAGGCGGCCAACAAGGCUGACGCCAUCCUGUGCUUGGGCUCUAGCUUGAAGGUGCUGAAGAAGUACCCGCGCCUCUGGUGCAUGACCAAGCCCCCCAGCCGGCGGCCCAAGCUCUACAUCGUGAACUUGCAGUGGACCCCAAAGGACGACGGGGCUGCCCUGAAGCUCCACGGGAAGUGUGAUGACGUCAUGCGGCUCCUCAUGGGCGAACUGGGCCUGGAGAUCCCCACCUACAGCAGGUGGCAGGACCCCAUCUUCUCCCUGGCGACCCCCCUGCGUGCCGGCGAGGAGGGCAGCCACAGCCGGAGACCGCUGCGCCGGAGCCCGGAGGAGGCCGCGCCGGGGGAGCGGGGCUCGCCUCUCGGCCCCGGCCCCGGCCCCGGCCCGGGCGGCUGGUUCGGCCGGGGCUGCGCGAAGCGCCCCAAGAGGAGGAGAGUCCCGUAG